GAAGAAUUUAAUCACUUAAUUGCCAGAGGGAAAAAAAUGGUUCGAAUGCCUGCUACUUUUGACUUUCAUCGAUCUGUAUCACUUUCCUGAUGGAAGGAGCUGGAAGAGUUGGUGACCAGAAUGUGGAGUGUCCGAAAAGAUCCUGCCUCCUCCGGACCUAGUUUGUGUUGUGUGCAAGUCCUCGAUAGUGGGUAGUGUGGUCCUGACAAUCCGUUCAGGGGUUUUGAUUGUCCGUUGUAGUCUGAGUUUAUCCUUUUUUGUGGCGGCCCCAAAUCAGACUGUGAUGGAGGUACACAGUACUGAUUGGAUAACUCCUGUGUAGAACUGCCUCAGCAGCUCCUGUGACAGGCUGUGCUUCCUCAGAAGCCCCAAGAAGUAUUUAGUUUGAGGAUGGAGUCGAUGUUUAUCUUACACUUCAGGUCCUCUGAGACUGUAAUUCCCAAGAACUUGAAAGCCUCGAUGGGUGACACAAGACAGUUGGACAGCGUCAGGGGCAGCUGUGGUCAAGGAUGCCUCCUGAAGUCCACAAUCACCUCCACAGUUUUUAGAGUGUUCAACGCCAAGUUGUGGUGACCACACCAAAGCUCCAGUCUCGCCACUUCUUGUCGAUACACAAACUCGUCGCCGUCUUUGAUGAGGCCAAUGACCGUGGUGUCAUUUACGAACUUCACCAGUUUGACAGUUUGAUGCUACAAGGUACAGUUGUUCAUGUAGAGCAAGAAGAGCAGAGGGGAGUGUACACAAGCUUAUGGUGCCCCAGUGCUGAUAGUGCACGUGGAUGAGGUGGUGCCCCCCAGUCUCACCUGCUGUGUCCUGCCCAUUGGGAAGUUGUAGAUCCACUGGGAGAUGGCAGGCGAGACGUUGACCUGGAGAAGUUUGGAGGUGAGGAGUUCAGGGAUGAUGGUGUUAAAGGGUUGUCGAGAGAGCUUCUACAAAAGAAAUGAUGUGUUGUGCCCGUGUGUACAGCGGCUGCGGUCCCGGAACUUAGGGCAGGAGAGCGUGGCAGAGUGCCUCACGGCGGCCCUCAAAUCCCGCUGCGUGACGAGCGCAUCUGAGCUCAAUUCACUGAAGUUCAUUGGUCAUGGUUUUUAAGUUGCAGGAGUCCUGUGUUUUUGUUUUUUUGGGCACACCUGCACAAAGCGUUGCGACUUCAGUUCUCGUACAGAAUCGGAGGUUGCAUAUCUGUUUAUAAGAAGAUUCUUGCCCAGAGGGAAAAAGAACCACAACAACGACUCAUAGUGCCAACCAGCAGAGGAACGGUAAAAUAAGCCCUAGUCCCUAUUAAUAAUUUCUUGUCUGUCCAACCUCAUAGAUUAAUCAUUAAAAUAUUUUUUAUCUAAAAACUUAGGGCUUAAAUCGCAAAACGCAUAUACCCGAUGCUGGACAAAGCAAAGAAAAUGGAUGGAGGGAUGUUUAUAUAUUUAUUUCUCAAAUAAAUAAUUUGGCCAUAAACCGGUUUUGAUCUUUGGUUUCAUUCUAGAAUACAGUAGUGUACUUUAUGAGCACUUUACAAACGAAGAUCUAUGAAGGUUUGAACUUUGAGUUUUUAAAAUAGAGAAUUGGGAGAAAAUGUUAAUGUCAGAAAACCUGAGUGUGUGGUUAGGGGUUUGACAGCGUUAAAACAAAUAAAUGAAAAUAACACUUCUUCUCCUCCUUUCAGCUUGUCCUGUAAAUGAAAAAACAUAUACUGUAAUUUCUUGCACAUAAUGUGUCCUGUUGUAUAAUCCACAUCCCCAAAAUCAGGAGAAAGGAUAACAAUGUAUGCUGCGCACCACCAAUUUGCUGCUAUCCAUAUACUCAAAAUAUUACGAAUUGUCUGUAUUUCUAUUUUGUACUUUUACUCUUUGUACUUGUGUUGUUUUAAAAAUAAUCUUCUGGACAACAAUCAUUAAUAGCUGCGAAGGACGAUCUGGGCGAAGUCUGCUGACGUGAAAUGUAGGGUGCACCCUCAUCGACCUGGGUAAUCUAUGUGAUACAGCGACCGGGUUAAUGAUUUUGGUGAUCGGGAACGGACCAACGAACCUGGGAGCAAGUUUGCAGGAUUCCAUCCGCAGCGGAAGAUCCCUAGUGGAGAGCCACAUCCGCUGCCCCACCCUGAGUUCUGGUGCGGCUCUAGAUGUUGCCCAUGCGCAGCAGCGUCCUCCGGGCCGCCUCUCAGGUCCGUUUGCAGCGCCGCACCACUGCCAGGGCCGACGGCACCGCAGAGUCUGUGGCCAAGGGGGGAAACAGAGAGGGGGGAUAGCCGUGCACAACGUGGAGUGGAGCCAUACCUGUUGAGGCGGAGGGUAGGGAGUUGUGGGUGUACUCUACCCAUUUGAGGUGCUGGCUCCACGUGCUCUGGUCCCUGGACGCCCAGCAUCGAAGCCCGGUCUCUAAUUCCUGAUUUACCCUCUCUGUUUGGCCGUUAGACUCCGGAUGAUGGCCCGAAGUUAGACUGGCCGAAGCCCCGAUGAGGGUGCAGAAUUCCUUCCAGAAGCGGGUGCUGAAUUGCGGGCCUCUGUCCGAGACGAUGUCCUGGGGGAACCCGUGAUAGCCGACGACCUCGUCCAAUACCAGCUGGGCUGUCUGCUUGGCUAACGGGAUCUUCGGAAGUGGCACGAAGUGAACCAUCUUGGAGAAUCGGUCCACCACAGACAUGUGGUUGGGAUUCUCUAAUCUGACCAGCAAGUGUUGUCCAGCCUUCGCAUCUAUACUGAGCACAGGAGAAUCAUAUCUGAGAGAGCUUGACCUGGGAUUCAACAACAUUACCGAUGCUGCAGUCAAGAUGCUUGUGAAGGGGAUGACAAGUCAAAACUGUAGAUUGGAAAAGCUCUGGCUACAUUGCUGUGGAUUGACUCCACAAGGGUGUCAAUACCGUGCCUUGAAAAUAGGUGUCACUCUGCGUGAGCUGGAUCUCAGCGGCAAUGAUUUAGGAGACAGCGGACUGAAGCAUCUUGCUAAUGGUUUGGAAUGUCUUGAAUGUCACCUAGAAGGACUUAAACUAAUAAACCGUGGCCUUGGCGCAAAAAGUGUUGCUUACCUGACUGGUGCCCGGAAGUCAAACCCAAAGUACUUCAAUGAGCUGUUACUGAUUGGCAACAAGUUGAGCGAUGCAGACACCAGACAGCUCGUUCAAGUAACAAAGAAUAAAAAGUAUGCAUUGGUUACAAGAGAUGUCUCAGAAGACUGAGAUGGCAAAGGUGGAUCACAAGGGAUCAUGUUUCCUCAUCAUACACGUUGCAUGGAAGUCAUUUGGUUGUCUAUGUUCACCUAAAAAUCCAUCCAGGCAUCAAUUUUCUGACCUGGUUAUCCUCACAAGGGUCACAGGAGUUCUGGAGCUGAUCCCAGUGAUAAGUGAACUCACCUUGGCUGAGAGCGUCUCCUUGUGGACAUACAACAAUGGUGAAAGCUUACAAGGAAGGUCUGAGCUAAUCACAGCUAAGAGGUGGCGUUUUGAAAACAGGUAGGCAACUCCAAAACUGAAGUGGAUAGAAGCACAUGGAUUGCGACAAUUGUUCAACUUUUUUCGUUUUCCUGCCAAGAUCACCUCAUGAUUGUUCGAGGCCUCGAAUAAACAUUUUAUCUGCUCAG